CCUUUUCUUUUCUUUUCUAUUUUCUUUUUUGAAAUCCCAGCCAAAAAUUGAAAUAAUCAACGGAAGAAAAUUUCCAUACACACACAAAUCCCGGUACACACAGAAAUCUCCAUUACUGCACAGAUGUUCUGAUCCAAAUCAAACCCCAGCUUCAACCUUCACGUCGAUAAAUGAAUCUCUCACUCUCAUCCACCUCUUCUCUCUCCACUUCAUCCGCUACUCUCUCGUCUUCUUCUGAUUCGUCUUCGUCUUCGUCAACCUCAUCAACCACAUCCACCUCAUGGUUAUCCGGCUUAGUUGGCGGCCGCUCCAGUAAAUCAGCCGCAUUGAAGCUCUCCAGCACUUCUGUCUCCGGCGGUGGCAGCGGCGAUUAUGGUGGACCAAUUAAGGGCAAGAACCAGUUCCAUGGUGUGCUCUUCAAAUACGGGCCGAAGCCGAUUCAGGUAUGUUGAAAAUCUUCAUUGUGUUUGCUUUAAAAUGUGUUUAUAAUAUAACCUUCUUUGCUUUCUUGCAGAUACUUAGAACCACUUGCAAUUGCUUUGGAUAAAGAAAAAUGGUCACUUGUUCAGCUACUCAUGUCAUCUUCAUAUAGUGGAUAUGGAACCUCCAGCCUGCAACAAGAUGCUAUGGAGCUUGAUCAGCUGGUGAGUCAUUUAAUUAACAAAGAAGAUUCAGAAGGUGUAGUGCUACUUGGUCAUAGUACCGGUUGUCAGGAUAUCGUUCACUAUAUGCGUACAAAUGCUGCAUGCUCUCGAGCAGUUCGUGCUGCCAUUUUACAGGCUCCAGUCAGUGAUCGAGAAUAUAGAGCAACUCUUCCCGAAACAGCUGCUAUGAUUGACCUAGCUUCCAGCAUGAUAAAAGAAGGCCGGGGCUCAGAAUUGAUGCCUGCAGAAGCAGAUCCAUCUGCUCCAAUUACUGCAAAUAGGUACUACUCUCUUUGUGCCUACAUGGGUGAUGAUGACAUGUUUAGUUCUGAUCUUACCGAUGACCAACUGAGAAUGAGACUUGGGCACAUGUCUAACACACCUUGCCAGGUUAUUUUUUCCAUGGCUGAUGAAUAUGUUCCAGACUACGUUGAUAAGAAAGCGCUAGUUGACAGAUUGUGCAGAGCAAUGGGUGGUGCAGAGAAAGUAGAAGUUGAAUAUGGGAAUCACUCCCUCUCCAACAGAGUUAAUGAAGCUGUGCAGAGCGUUAUAGACUUUGUCAAAAGAGAGGGACCAAAGGGCUGGGAUGAUCCGUGGAACUAAUACAAAUCUUAUUUGUUCUUAUCUUGAUUUGCCUUUUUUUUUUUUUUUUCCUCGUAACUAUUCAUAUAAUUCGUUUUAGCUCUCUAUCGUAUUCGAUAUGGUUAGACAUCUAGAGUCUCUCUAUAUGUAUUUCUUUUAAAAUGAAGCUUGUGAUUAUUGA